AUGAAUGGUUUUAAUGCUUGUGAUUAUCAGUUCUUUAUUCUGUGUACCACAACACUGUUGUAUGUGGUUUCGGUCGGCACGGUUCUUUUAAGGACUAAUGGCGACGCGGGGACCUUCGCUGCAGAUCACACUUUCAGACUGGCCAAUUAUUUUCAAGACAGGAUGGUUCUGGAGGCAGACAUCCCUGGGUCGGUGUUGUGGGGGUAUGGAAAGCCAGGUGCCGAAGUUGAAAUUGAACUGCUGGGUGAUAUUCUACUGACCGGCAUCAAUGAUGAAGGGCUCUGGAAACAAUCUUUGUGGGCUGGUAUUCCGACCGGACCGUGGGACAUCGACGUGUAUCAGAGCGAACGAGGCAACUACACUGGUCAUGUCGUAUUGCGCGAUGUUUAUUUUGGAGACGUAUUUCUGUGCGUCGGUGAGGCCAACAUGGCGUUUCCGGUUGCGAAGAUGUUCAAUGCUUCGGAAGAACUGGCGGCAUCCUCGGAAUUCCCCCUUAUCCGACUAAUGAGAAUCUCACCAGAUUCGUCCUUCAGCGCGCUGCCGGAACCACGCAUCCUUCAGAACUGGACUAUAGCGACUCCGGAUUCGUUAAAAGACUUUUCUGCACUGUGCUGGGCGACAGGCCGGCGCGUGUCUGAAGAUAUUCGCAGCCGAUUCGGUCAAAAGGCUCCCAUUGGCUUGAUUGGGGCUUAUCGAGACGCAGCCUCUCCCAUUCGCGGCUGGAUUCCUCCAAACAGUAUUGGGCAUUGUACAGGAACUAUGCAGCAGCCGGGAACGGAUUCCGUGCUGUGGAACGCCAUGAUUGCCCCGAUAAAAACACUGCGUUUCACCAGCGUUAUCUGGUAUCAGGGCGAAUCGGAUGCCGCCCUGGAUGCCGACACCUACGGCUGUCUGUUCAAGGCCAUGGUGGAGGGAUGGAGGGGCAAUUUCUUCCGGGAAUUCUUUGGCAUUGUGCAGCUGGGUACGAGGAAUUCUGAAGACGUACCGGGCGCCACCGCUCAGAUACGGUGGGAACAGACGGCCGAGUAUGGACAGGUGCCGAAUGAAGCUCUGAUACUUGUCUUCAUGGCCUCAGCGAUGGAUCUGGCGGACCCCGAGUCACCGUUUGGCUCGGAGCUGCCACGCUACAAAGAAGAGAUCGCGCAGCGCUUGCUGGCCGGUAUUGUGUCGGUCUUGUACUACCGACACAUCCCAUUUCAAGGACCUUUCCCGAAACGCAUACAACUGGGCCCGGAUAAUGCCUCUCUGUGUAUCGAAUAUGACCAGCAGAUAAAUUUCACACCGAACGCUGCAAGCAAUUUUGAGAUUUGUUGCGAUACGCCGAUAUUCCGCACUGAUAACUGGAAAGACUGCCGAAUUUGGCAUAACACCACCAGUCGGCCUAGCCUGUCCGCGGGAAAUACAAUUGUCGUCUCGACGCCGUGUGCCGGCAACGCAUCGGCCAGUUUUGUGCAGUACGCCUGGGCAGUGACCCCAUGUGGAUACAAGAAUUGUCAAGUCUACGCCACGGAUUAUCUGGGCGACCCCAAAGGACUGCCGGGACCACCGUUCGUUCUGCCAACCAACUGGACACGCGACGACUACAACCUAGUCUGAGCAGUAAUUGUGUUGAUGUCAAAGAGGCUGACGCCUAGCGCGGGCGGUCUGGGGCAAUUUUUUGUACAGUACAUUACAGUGCAGUACAUUUUCUGUACG